AUGAAGGUCCCCAUGCCUUACGAUGAUCGGUUUUCUCAGUACAAAAGCCCCUACUCAACCUCUGGAUACGCACAGGUAUGCCGCGAAUACGGUGCAAGUGCUAACGCCUUGUACAAGUUUAAGGCUGUCAUGUCGUCAUUAACAAAUGGUAGAUGGUGGCCCAAGGUAUAUGGUGAUUGGGCUAAAUUCAUCCUACCAACAAGCCAAGGUCUAACAUCGGAGGGUCUGACCAAGCUAAGCGAAAGGUAUAACAACAACAUUCUCAUAGCACCUUCCAAUGUAAAUGUGGGGGUCUAUGUUGAUUUGAACAACAAGCCUAUUGUCAAACAUACUACGCCCCCUAGGCAUAGUACACCUCCCAUACCUCCCAAGCAUACUACACCUCCUAGGCAUACCACGCCACCUAUACAUACCACACCUCCAAAGCAUACUAUCAAACCACCUCCUAAGCAUACUACACCUCCUAUACCUCCUAAGCAUACUACACCUCCUAUACCUUCUAAGCAUGCUACACCUCCCAUACCUCCCAGGCAUACUACAAAGCAUACUAUACAGGCUAUACCAUAUACACCCUCCAAGCAUGCCAUACCACCUAUACCUCCUGAUUAUACCACAUCGCCCGAACAACCCCCGCAAAACCAACACCAGGAUACCAAGACAGUGCUCUUUACUAUCAGUGUAGGCCUCAUCAUAGUCUACAUCUGA